CUGAUGAGUGGGAGGGAUUCCUGCAGGAAACCAGGGCAGCCUGCAGAGCUGAAACUUUCCAAGCGCGCAGAAAGAGGCUGGAGCGCAUCUCUGGUUCAGACACCUGAUGUCCCACGUCCUCGGUUUCUCACAGGAGAAGCGCUUUAAACGUUGUUUUAUGGGGAUAUAUAUUUGUUUAUUCAGCUCAGGAAAAGAAACCUGUUAAAUACUUGAACAUCUCAGCAGGAAGCAUUACUUCCCGGACUUUUAGAAAUGGACCUGUGUUUUCCGCGCAGGUGUCUGAUCUUGUUGUGUUUGACAGCGGUUCAGAGCGGCCAAACAAGUGUUCAGACGUGCAUGGAUAAGCACCAGGUGGUCGGCUUGCUGCGUCAGAUGGAGAAGUUCCUCAAAGGCCAGGAGAUCCGGUUUACGGAAGGUCUCCGGAUCAUGAAGUCGAAGCUGGCAUCGCUUCAGAACUCCGUGUCCAAGUUACCCCAAGCUGACCAAUCAGCAGCGCCCACUGCCUGCCCCUCCCUGGAAGCCCCUGCUCACGGAACAAAGUUUGGCUCAAAGUACUUUGUUGGACACGAGGUUCACUUCACUUGCGCCCKGGGGUACCAGCUCGUCGGUUCUUCCACGCGAGCCUGCAGAGACAACGGCACCUGGUCGGGCGUCYGCGCAGUUUGUAAAGAUGUGAGCGAGUGUGCAAGUAAUCCCUGCCAAAAUGGAGGUACCUGUGUCGAAGGUGUCGACCAGUARAGAUGCACUUGCCCUCAAAACUGGAGCGGGUCACACUGCCAGCUCCAAACCCAGACAGCACCGCCCGAGUGGAGCGUCAUGAACGACCCAGCGUUUAGCCGGAGACCUCGCUGUGCCCAAGUGAACCAAGCCCGACACUGCAGCUGUGACGCAGGCUUUCACAUGAGUGGCACCUCUGACAACAGUAUCUGUCAGGAUGUAAAUGAAUGUGAAGUGUACCGGRUGGACCAAGGAGGGAAGCUGUGCGUCCACGAGUGUGUAAAUGUCCCAGGCUCCUACCACUGCUCUUGUCCCAGUGGUUACAAGUUACUCCCAGAUGGGCGGAGCUGUGAAGAUGUGGACGAAUGUUUAAGCCAGAAUCACAACUGUAGUCGAGGGACAUCUUGUGUCAACACGGGGGGAGGCUUUUGGUGCGUCAACCCAGAGUGUCCCCGCUCACAUGGCAACACCAGCUACGUCAAGACAUCUCCUUUUCAGUGUGAGAGGAACCCCUGCCCCAUGAACAGCCGCUCCUGCCACCACGCUCCCAAGACGAUGUCCUUCCACUACCUGUCCCUGCCCUCCAACCUGCAGACCCCCGCCACCCUGUUCCGCAUGGCGACCGCCUCGGCCCCGGGCCGCGCGGGGCCCGACAGCCUCCGCUUUGGCAUCGCGGGCGGGAACUCCCGGGGCACCUUCGUCAUGCAGCGCUCGGACCGGCAGACCGGCGAGCUGAUCCUGACGCAGCGGCUGCGCGGGCCUCAGGAGGUCCGCGURGACGUGGACAUGUCCGAGUACAGCGACCGCGCGUUUCAGGCCAAGCACGUGGCCAGGGUCCACAUUCUGGUGUCGCCUUACAACUUCUGAGCGAGAGCURGGGGGAGCGACGAGACUGAAACCUAUAGGACCAAAGGAGAGAGCUCUUUAGUUCACUUUCAAAGAGUCUGCAGUCCCACGCCAACAUCUGUUCAGUGGCAAAAUGAUCUAAAAGUAGGGUAUGUAAGACCUCAUUUUGUAAUAACAACGCAUUAUGUAAUAAUGUAAUAAAAUCAGGCUUCAAAAUGUGAUAAACUCACGCUAAAACCG